CACUUCACAGAGUUCCUGGAUGAGUUUUCACCCGAUGUCCUAGGCCAGCUCUUGAAUGAUCCCUUCUUGUCAGAGAAGAAUGAAAUAAUGGAGGUGGAACUGUCUCCAGCAUCCCCAGCACCCCUCAUCCAGGCAGAACACAGCUACUCCCUCUGCGGAGACUCUCGACCCCAGUCUCCCUUGACCCACAUCUCGACUGAUGACAACUUUAAUGAAGGUGACCUGGAAAAUGAGGAAUGGUGUCUGGCUACAGAGUUUACUCCAGCAGCAAUAAAGACUGAGCCAGUGUUGUGUGAGACAUCAGGCCUUGCUCCCUCAGUCAGUCUCACUGUCACAACCACAUCACUGGAGGGGGAAGAACCUGACCUACAGACGGAUGCCCUGAUGAAACCACUGAGCCAGAAAGUUCUUCCAGAGAUUAAGUUGGAGCCCCAUGAAGUGGAUCAGUUCUUGAAUCUCUCUUCUAAGGAAGUGGAUCCCCUGCAUUUGCCUCCAACUCCUCCCAGCAGCCAUGGCAGUGACUCUGAAGGAGGACAGAGCCCAGCUAGAUCACUCCCUCCUUCAAGCCCAAUCCAGCUGCCAGCCACGGCUAAAGUGACAUCACGCACAGCUUCAGCGCUCUCCAAUUCCCCUCUCCUGACUGCACCACAUAAAUUACAGGGGACUGGUCCACUCAUCCUGACAGAGGAGGAGAAGAGGACACUGAUAGCAGAGGGGUACCCAAUCCCUACCAAACUGCCCCUGACAAAAGCAGAGGAGAAAGUGCUGAAGAAAAUCCGCCGGAAAAUAAAGAACAAGAUCUCUGCCCAGGAAAGUAGAAGAAAAAAGAAAGAAUACAUGGACAGUCUGGAAAAAAAAGUUGAGACCUGUUCAAAUGAAAAUAGUGAGCUGCGUAAGAAGGUUGAAGUCCUGGAGAAUACUAACAGGUAA